GAAUGUUCUCGGAAAUUGCCCCGCGACUGUUUUUGUCAUCGGCUCUAAACCACCGUUACCGUUGCCUUUAAUGUCGCCGCGGCGUCUGUCGUUACAAUUGCCACCCCCCGGCGCUCUCCUCUCUCUGCCCCGCUCUGUCUCUGUCUCUCUUUCGCCCCCGCUUGGGAUUAAUCUAUUUUUAGCAGCAUUUCCAAUUGGAAGACUUUUGAUUUGACCUUUUGGUGUGCCGAAAGCAGAGCUUUCUAACUGUAAUUAUUAGCCCGAGCCGAAAAAGUCGCUGCGUGCUCGAGUGCGGGUGUAUGUGUCUGCAUAUGAAAAAAUCGAUGCCAGACUCCCUGCAGAAACUUCAUUCAGAAAGGAAAGGAAAAAGGAAAGGAGAGUGGUGGAGGGGGAAGAAGGAGCUGAAGCCAAAGCAGCGACGCCGACAGCAGUAAAUUUUACAGCUAGACAAAGUGGCCCGUGUGUGUGUGGGUGGCUGUAAGCGUAACGCCUCGACAUUCCGUUCCCGAUGACGAAUUUAAUGACCUGAAAUAAAAGAAGCGAGGCAGAGGAAAGCAGGGGAAAACCGCCAAUCACUUUCACACAUUGCAUAGAUGAGAAUUGAGGCAGCCGACAACAAAGCAACGCCGCAGCGACGCUGACUGAGGCAGCGACGUCGACGUCUCUGUGGGCGCAUUGAUUAAAUUUUCAUAAUCAACGAAAUAUCCAUAUCGACAUCCACAUCCACACCCACACCCACAAAGAAGAAGCCGCAGAGCAGGUCUCCCGCUCCCGUCGACGGUUUCAAUGAGCAUCGCAUAAUGGCAGCGGCACCUGAAUCGUGUUGUGGAGCACGCGAUUCCAGCGAACCGGCCACCGAGGGGGCGUUCGAUCCGGAGGAGGCGAUCCGGGGGCGGUCCCAGGCGGCAAUGACGGACUCCCAUCGCGCAUUGGACUCCCUGGAGGCGGAGGCGGAGACGGAGGCGGAGGCAGGGCAAGAUCCAGAUGCAGAUGCUGCCGCUGCUGGAGCUGACCAACAAAGGCAAAACGAUGAUCAAUUGCAGCUGCAGUCGCUGGAGCCCAUCUCCUUGGACGACAUACCUGAGCCCAUUAAAGUUCUCGACGAGAUUAUUUCGGAGUUCGAGGAGGCAGCAACGAAACCGGUGGCCUUGCACAGCAACAGUGGCGAGAAUCAGUCGGAGGACGAUGGCUACAUGAGCCUAAGUCGCAAAAACAUGUCCAAAAAGGAUUCGGAAGAUGUGCCCCAAACACCCAGCACCGACACGGUGCCCGAGGGAAGUUUCAAUGAGGUGGAUGGCACAGCUGAGAAUCUAACCAAAUUAUCUGAGGUGGAACACGGACAGGAAACUACGACGCCUCUCAUCCAGACAACGCUGCCAAAGGCACGGGGCUCCAGCUCGACUCCGGCCACCAACUCCAACUACUCGAGUCUGCCCUGCUGCGGGGCCAGGGCCUCGAAUUUGGGCGGAGCUUCCGCUGGCAAUUCCUCAAGUGGAUUGGCAGCCAUCCGGCACCCGGGCAGCUGCAACGGUGGGCGCAACGCACUGGGCAUCGACAUCAGCGCCGUGCAUAAUGCAGUGCUCCGUGGCAAUCUCGCCAAGCUGCCGGAACCCUUCGUCAACGAGCAUCCGGUGACCAUCUACCCCGGCCCAUCCUCCAAGGCGGCCGGUGGCGAGGGGGCACGUAGCAAGCGGCUGCUCAGCUCGGUGGAGAAGCACAAGGAGGUGUGCCACAUGCUCAAUCCGCAUUCCAGCAGCUCCACCUCCUCGUCCGGCUCACAACACACGUCCAGCGGGGAGGCCUCUCCUGCCGCUUCGCACGUCAAUGUGGCGACAUCGAAGGCGGCUGGCAGAGAUGACGACUAUUCGGAGGACUCGCUGGAGGAGUCCACCAUUUCCACGGACCUCACGCCCGUCAAGCAGAACGGAGUGGCCUGGGAGAUUCACUUCAAGAGCAACAAGAAGAAGUCGAGCGGCACCAAAAAGGCGUCUGGCGCAUCGAAAAAGAAGGCCAACAACUUGGACGACUUCAACAACAGCUUCGUCUACAAUGAACAGAGCAUGCUGGGCAAGGGCACCUUCAUUAUUCGCCGAUCCACAGCCAAGAAACCGCCGCGUGCCGCAGAUGUCUUUUGUAUACCCAAGCCGCCGCGUCCCUCGUUGGCGGAGAGAUCCGCAUUCGGAUCUGGGACGAAAGUUGGCGCUGGAGCGAUCAGCAAUGAGUUUUACACCAGUGACAGCGAGCAGAGCGAUGCCACGCCACUGCCACUGCCGCCGCCUCCGGCCCCCUCGGAGAUGAACUUCGUCUACAAGGAGUGCGAGGCCAAUGCGGCGCAGACACGCCGCGGCCUGGAAAUGGCCGCUGCCCAUCGGGCGGCCCUGUCGCUGGACAUUGCCGAGGCCCCAGACCAACUGGGCCACUGCAAGCCGGUGAAGAGCAAGACGGCGAUGCUGACCGAAAAGCGCCUGAGCGCCGAGUCCAUGCCGGACAACACCUCCAGCAGCGAGGAGUUCGACGAGGCGCGACUCAACGGAAACGGCAGCUACGAGCUGUACGCCUACAACGGGAGUGAUCAACGCGUUUCCAACGCCACCACUCCGCACACGGAUCUGGCCCCCACUCUGGAGGAGGACGAAGAGCUGUCCGACUUUAGCUACGGGUGUGCUCCCCUCACGCAAAUCGAGCAUAACAUCAGCGCCUUGCUGCGUGGAGACAUUCCGAUUGCUGGUCCCCCGGCGGGCUGCAAUGGGGCUGGAGCGGCCGCAGCCGCUGCCACAGCCGCCGAGCUGCACGCCAAGCGGAUACUGGAGUUCCGGCCAGGCGUUCACAAGUCCGAGAGUGCCAAGGAGAUGCUGCUGUCGCAGAUGCCCAGCCUGGGCCCGCUGCCCCCGUCGCCGCCGAGCUCCAAUCCGGAUUUAUUCGACUACGAUGCCCCGCUGCCGCCGUCGCCGAUAGAGCCGCGCAAGCAGCUGGAGCUUCCGGCCGCGGUGGCGGUGGCCAGUGCACCGCCAGCGAAUCGCGGCACCACCGUGGUGGAGGUGCAUGCCACAGCCUCCGGGGCGGCGGUUCACAGCAGCAACAGCCACACGCGGCGCAGUCGCGACAACGUGGCGGCCGUGCGUCACUUCACCGACGAGCUGCCGCCGCCACCGGCGCCCGCCCACCAGUCGACCAGCUUCUUGGAGGGCCUGCCCGGACCACCGAUGGUGCCACCACACCGAGCCACUGGCGGUCACUCGGCCAACACCAUGAAAUCCUGGAGCAUUGACUCGCAGUAUCGCAAGAGAUCGCCCAAGCUAUUUGGCCACUAUAGCAGCGGGGGCAGUGGCAUAACCACACCCACCGGGCUGGGCCCGAUGCCUCCGCUGCCACCGCCUCCGCUCGACGGGAUGGCCAGUGGAUCCGGAUCCUAUCAGCGACGGUACAUCAAUUACGGCACCAAGCGCAGCCUGAAGCAGUCGCCGCGCGAGGAGCACCGUCUGCAAACCUCAUGUAGUCUUCCUGAAACGCCAAUCUUUGCCAGAGGCUGUGACAUACCACGUACGCCAUACCGACGCCAAAAUGAGCCGUUGCCUGUGGUCAGCGGUUCCCGCACAGCUCCCCGAUCCAGCACUUCGAACAGCAUCAACAUGGGCACAUCCAUUAUUGGGAUUGGAGUCGGUAACUACGGUACUGCCCAAAUUUGCCGUCAACGCUCGAUCAAUCAUGCGUUGGCAUCCAACGAGAUGCUACGCAUGACCGGAGCCCCGGCUCGUGGAUGGUAUCCCAAGCAACGGGGAAUGCGCCCCGUCUCCACCGAGAACAUAGAUCGCCUGGCCUCCGUGCGGGUGUGGGACAAUCCGGCGGGCAUGUCGGGCACCGGGCAAUCUCGCAAGCCCCUAACGCUGCCUCCAAAUCUUACGCCUUCCUUCCUCAACAAGUCACCCCGUGAGGCGCUGCGUCGAGUGACUAGUUUGCUGAUAACCAAAAAGAAGAACAGCAAGGAUCGAAAACACAAGGCCUACUGCGAUCAGCUCAUGGAUGACAACAACAGCAAGCAUGCCUAUGAAUUCGAGACGGGUUCCACCAAGCGAAAGGAUACCAAUCCCAAGGACAAGGGAGCCACGGGGGUGACCACCAAUACCAAACCCAAGAAGAAGGGCCUCUUCAAGUCCCUUUGGAAGCGCUCGAAAACCGCCUCGUUGGAUCAGUAAAGAAAUCCUCGCCGGCAAGCCUAAGCACUGCCCCAAGUUUUAUGUACACCAUAAGCGUAUGAUAGCAUCGAAAAUGAUAAUAACCCUGCACUUACACUCACGUUUAUCGGGUCGCAAGUUGAGAGUUUAUCUUGGCACCCACCCACCCACUCACCUGCUCAUCCGAACAGCAAAACUUUCUCACGCUCGUGUUCGUUCACCUUGAAAACAAUUGAAGCAAUUUUGUAUACACAUCGUAUCGUAUAUCGGUCAUAUAGUAAUGAGAAAUCUGAAGAAUUCAAAUGCACAAAAGCCGUGAAUCGUAAAGACUGAAAAUGAAAAAGCGUAAAACAAAGAAAAUUUAAGCGAAAACGAAAAUAUUAUGGAAGACAAUGAAAUUAACUGAACAUAUGCAAACAAUAUUCCACUCUCACAAACUAAAGAAAAUGAAAUCUGAAAGCAGUUGUAUGGAUCGCACGGCUAUAUUCUUACGUACUCGUGUAUGUAUGUAUGUGCGGUCUCCCCCGACCUUGAACUUGCCAAAAAAAAUUAAUGCAAUUAUUCUAUGGCCGUACAACCAACACCUAACCGAAUGCACGCAACAUGGGCGCAGCAAGAAAUUUACAACUUAUACAAGCACUGAAUUUAUAUAAACGUAUAUAGAUAUGAGCGCUAUAUAUAUAGUUUGGACUAUAACUGAACCGUUUAGGGUUCUAGGCAACAUGUCUUACUUUAUGAUCGUGUUUAUUUAGGUACUUUUCGUGUAGCUAAGAAAUAAGUUUGGAUUUGAUGAUUUGAUGACUAUUUUCCAUUUUCCAAGGGACUUGAAUACGGGCAUAGUGCAAUUAGAUGCGAGAUAUUGAUUGAUUUCAGAAAUUAUCUCAAGAAUUCGAAUCGUGAAUUCGUUGCGUUGUUCAACAAGCCACCCCUAAAUAACUCGGAUAAAAACCCAGUCGCAAUAAUAUGCAAGAAUCUAAAAUCUCAUAAAACGUGUUACAUUUCCAAAAACUGAAAAAGAAUGAAGUUAAGCCCUCCACGUUUGAAAAAAUUUUGAUAAUAACCAGUUUGAAAAUGAUUUAAUCCAUAUAAUCUUAAAACGAAAUUUAAUGCUCAAGACGAUUUUACCAGAGAAAGCAUUUCUCAAAUUUUGAGCGCGAAUGAAGCUAGGUAGUUGGAAAAGGAAAACUGCAAUAUGAAACAACAAAACUGUAAACGUUUACUAGUCAUUUAAUAUUAAACAAUAAACAACAGAAAAAUGAUAUAUGGAAGAUAACAUAUUUUUUAUUAACACUCACUGAGACGCCAAGAAUACAAUUUUGGCAUUUUAUGAGCAGGAGCUGGCCCCUAAGAGCAAGUUGAAAGUAUUAUUAACGAUUUAUAUUAUAUGCUAUAGCAAGUUGGUAUUUAUUAUAAUUAAUGACAUAUGUACAAUUAUUUGAAUUAACAUUAUUGAAUAUAUUUUUUAGAAAAGUAGCAUGAAACGAAAUAAAAUUAUUAAAACAGAAAUAAUCCAUGGCCCGUGUACUUUAUAUAUAGAUAUAUAUAUUAAAAUUGGAUCCUUUGGUAAAGGCGAAACUUAAAUGGUUAUUGAACACAGAAUAAACAUAACAUUAAAAUCGACUUUUAGAAUUACUGGGCAUCAUAAAAAAAAAACAAUAUAAAAAUAAUAAUUUUAAACAUUCGAGAACUGGAUGGAAAUUUUAUUUUUCAAAUUAAAGGCCAAUGAAAUAAUAAUUAUUCAACUAUAAUGUAUUGUUUCGAUAAUCUAUUAAAAAAUCGCAUUGUGGAAGUGUUUUUCUCAAAAAAUCUUUUGCGUACUUGCAAGUUCUGGGAUUCCAUUUAUACAUUUUUCAAUUCAAAUGACAAAUUACAAUAAA